UUCUACUGCCACGGUGACCCCUUCCUUACGAAUAACUCUCAACCCCCUUCUGAUUGCAAUCGGCUUGCCAAUGGUUACGACUUACAGGGUCACCCUAGUCCUACCUGGACUCGCUGUUGCGUGCAGCAGCACGGGAUGUUGAAGACGGCCAUAUCCCGAUCAGAGGAUGCGCAGGCUGCUCGAGAGUACCUCGUGUUCGGGCCACGCGGCAUACAAGACGAGAACUUGCUGUGGAGCAGACAUAGAUUGUCCGGCUGGCUGAAUGUGAAGAGCUCCGGGUCAAUUGGAAAAUGGAAGCUGCGCCUGUUUGUCCUUCAAUCCAACUAUAUGUUUUACUUUAAGCCUAACCAGUCUUUGCUGCCUGCUGCUUUGGGGAAAAUGAAAUCAUGUGGGAAAUGCUUUCCUAAUGCCCUUGAUGCGGCUGGCCCUUCUCAGCCUAGACGAUCCCAACCGGAGACUGAAAUACUGGACAGAAAAUCCCCUCCGCGUGGCCUGAUUGCAUUGGCUGGAUGCACCGUAGAGAUCCGGAAAGAAUCCUCUGGGGCCGCAGAGAACCAGAAGCAGUACGUGUUCAUCAUCCGUUUGUCAGAGCAGUACGCUUCUGUCGCAAAGCAGGAUCAGUUUCUUCUUGCAGCAGACAGCCCUGCACAUAGAGACGAAUGGAUGGAAUACAUCAGGAAGGCGGCUGUUACAGUCACACAACUAUCAGGCCAAAUAAAGCUGAUGGAGGAGAGAAUUGCAGAGCGGCGAGCAGAAGUCCAUAGGCAGAAAAUUGAAAAUUCUGACAAUAAGAACUCUGCGCAAAUCGCAGCACUGAGGAAAGAGAUGGUGGACUUGGCUCAGCAAGUGACCCAAGCUAAGGUCAAAAGCAAGGAAGCUUGGGGCCAGACAGAUCAACUGGAAGGGGAGGUGAGGAGAGCGGCCGCCACCUGGGCCAUUCUAAAUGAAUACCUGUCUGACAGCAGAUCCAAGUCCACGGUAUCAGACGCCAUCGAGGCGAUAAGAAAAGAGGUAGAGCUAGCAAGAGAAUUGGGAGACCUUUUGGACCAAAAACUUGGUUUUUUGCUUGGCAAGGACCUGGAGCAGCUAUCCAAGGAAGCGCGGGUCGGACUGAAUCAGGUCUUGUCUAAUUCGUUGUCUGCGUUGCUGCAGAGGAAAGCUCAGUGGCAGGUGCGAAUAAGGACGCUCAGCGCUUCUAUGCACAAGGGUCAAGGUGUGCUUGCCACCACAAGUGGAGGCCCAUCCUCGACAUCACCCACUGCAUCACCCACUGCAUCGCCCGAAAGCAAAGCGGGUAAUGACACCAACCCCAAAUUCAUUCAAACUCCAACACCAAGGAGUCCACGUGGCGAGCAAGGUAUAGUUUUGGCCGUGUUGGAUAAUACUGGCAAAUCAAUUAGCUCAGCAAUGGCAGCAAUUUUGCAGGGGUUACAAGCGGGGACGGACACAACAGGCGCCGUGGAAAGCCCCCAAGGCAAUUUGCAAGCACAGCCGUCGAUCUCCAGUAUCACCUCCUCGUCUUCAUAUCAUGGCCCUCCUCUCCUUAGCGACCAGAGCACGGAGGAACUGAAUAUGGUCAGCUCAAGUGGUAGUGCGGCGGAGAUGUCCCUGAGCGCAGAGAGAUCCGCCGCCGUACAGCAACGAGACGUUGAAGAUCCGCUGUCCCCUCAUGACGGUGCUACGGCAUCGUCAGAUGCAGCAGCAGCAGAAGCAACGGGUGCAUCCCCUCCGCACACCGAUCCUUCUUCUUCCACUGCUCUGGCUUUGCCGACGUCUAACUUACUCACUCCUCAAUCUGAGGGGGUGCCAAGCAUGCUGGAUGGCACUGUGAAGCCUGUUGAUGCAAAUGCGCCUCCCUACACAGACGUGUUCUACAACUCCGACUUCUACGGGCUGUCCGCUGAUGGCGGUGACACGGAGUCAACGCAACGCUCACACCAAGGGAACAAGACGCCAGCAACGGAGGGUGAGCCUGGGGGGCUGCAACUGGCAGUGCCUCUUCGCAGCAUCUCAAGGGGUUUAAUAUCAGAUAAUAGCACAGAUUCGACACGACAGGAAUUAGCGGUGACUUCCACACAAAACAAGACAGAGUCUUCUAGCCAUGACACCCGGAAUCCUCUCCCUCAUGAAAAAGGAGAUGAGAGGCAGCCGCUCACCAGCGGCCGCAGCAUGAGCAGCACUGCAAAGCAGAGGAACGCAUCGAGUACGACCCAACCUAUCAUUGAAGUCUCUGAAUUUUCCGGCAGUCUGAGAGAAAAAGGAGGUAUUCAGAUUCGAUUGUCGGUGAGCAGAAACCUCUCUGCCUUCCCUGUUGUCCAUUUAGUCAAGAACCCUUCUGAAGAUCACAGUCGUGGUCGUAGUCGCAGUCAUAAAUCUGCAAGCAUUUCAUUAAAAGCAGGGAAAGCUGGAAGUGAACAGAAGAAAUCAGAGUCAGGAAGAUCUGCCGAGCAGCUUGCCUUACCUGCAGACAGGCAGCACUCAAAGCCCCCAAACUCCUCUGCGUCGGCGAAGGGAGACUCGGAGCUGGUUGCCUCUUCUUUGCCUGUAGAUCUCCAUCAGGGCCAUGAAGCUGCAAACAGUCCUACACAGGUUAGAGGGAGUGCAGGCAAGCGCAAGAAGUCAGAGACGAAAAAGCACACACAAACGGAUGCUGAUGGAAAUGGCACCCAAGAGCUGACCACCAUCGGGAAGAAGGAAAAGACCAAACAUACUUAUUCCUCUUCGAACAAAGAUGAACCAGCUCCGCCUUUGCCUUCAGAUCGUCAUCAGAGCCAUGGAGAUGCAACGACUUCUUCUCCACAUCAAACCCGUACUUCAAGUCUGCGUAAGAAAUCGGGGUUGAGAACCCGUGGGCAAGAACGUGUUGAUGGUGAAUCAGAUGUCAUUGCGAGUCCUGCCGAGCGCAAGCAAUCAAUGCGCAAAAGGACGAGUGCCUCAGCAAAGACAGAAGAACUGGGUGUGGCUUUGCCUGCCGAGCGUCGCCAGAGCCAUCAAGAUGGAAGUCUGAGACCAAACCAAAGCAAGAAAUCGAAGUCACAAAUCACUUUACAGCAUCUUGAUGCCAAUGCCAUCCGUGCACCACCUUCCGACCAGAAUCCAAAGCCGAAAAGGGCAUCUUCCUCUGUCGGGAGAGAGGACGAUGGUCGCCCCUUGCCUGCAGCUCACAGCCAGAGCGAAGAGAAUGCAAGGAACUCUUCUGUGCAGGUACUAAAUGCACAAAGUGCAAGUCGGCGAAUUUCGAAGAAGUCAGAGCAGAAAAAAACUACAGGGGAGGGUACAAUUCUUGUGUCACUCGCUGGCGGGAAGCAAUCGAAGUCCAAAAAGGUCUCUCAGUCUGUGACAGGAGAAGAUCGAGUGCUCCCAAUGCCAGCAGGUAGCGACCCCAGGCAUGAAGAUGAGGCGCUCUCUUCUCAGCAGAUACCACAUAUUAAGGCAAAUCAACGCAAGAAAGCAGAUGUAAAGCAAUCCGCGCAACAUUUUGUGGAUGAAAACCCACCACUGGCAUCAGUUAUUGACCCUACGAAGAAGAAGAAGAAGCCCAAGUCCAGGCCCAGCUCUGCCCCUCGCGCAGGGGAAGUAGGAGUUCCCACUUCACCCGCCGAUCCCCAUAAGACCCGUAAGCAGACAACGUUCUCCUCUCUACCGGUGGCACGUAGUGCGGGUGAGCUGAAGAAGUCCUCAUUGCAUGUUGAUGAUGAGACCUUACAGUUAUCAGCUGCCGAUAAGCAGCAGCGUUCUAAGUCCAAGGGAAGAUCUGCCCUUGCAAGGGUAGAAGAGCCUGCUGUCCGAUUCUCCGUAGGCCAUGACCAGGGUCGCAAAAUCUCAAGGAUCUCGCUGCUGAAACCACAGUCAAAAUGACCAAGUGUAGAUGCCACCUCUACUUUCCUCCCGAACACAAUGCACCCUGCUCACAAAUUCCUUUACAAGCU